UCUGCUCUCGCGAUAGGCAUCGCCGCCGCUGAGACAUAAGUGCGGUGUGACCACGUCGUGCGGCGCCAACACCUCAACCUCAACCUCAACCCCAUCACCGGGAGCGCUCCAGGACUAGGUGACUCGUGUGAGUGUGAGCCAGGACUUCGGCGUCAGUGAUUUCAGUGAGCGGGGAUUAAGUAAUAAUGAGUGUGAUGGUCGGUCAAUGAGGAUAAAGCACCACGUCCGGAUGCCUAGUGGACAGUUAGAGGAGGAGGACUUCGUGGUGGUUAAGACGCGCUCCAACACGCCGGAGGGUGCGCCGGCCGGCGGCAGCAGCUUCUGGCUGUCCGCCGCGUCGGCCGCCCCCCAACAUCCCGGCCUGCCGCUGGAGGGCUGCAAUGAGACGGGGUUCAUCAACAGUCAGCCGUCGAUGGCGGAGUUCAUGACGGCGCUGCCCCACCUGUCGGGCGAGAUGCCGCACGGGCCGCCGAUGAGUCCGCAGCACACGCCGCCCGGCGGCGGCUUCCCGAUGGACGUGCCGCACGGUUUGGGCUCGCCCGGUGUUAAUGUGCCUGAGUAUCCGUGGAUGAAGGAGAAGAAGACCACCAGGAAGAAUAGUCAGCAAGAAAACGGCCUUCCCCGACGGUUACGAACGGCGUACACCAACACCCAGCUCCUAGAACUAGAAAAAGAAUUCCACUUUAACAAAUACUUGUGCCGUCCGAGACGAAUCGAAAUAGCAGCUUCAUUAGACUUGACUGAGAGACAGGUGAAAGUCUGGUUCCAAAAUCGACGUAUGAAGCACAAACGUCAAACGCUUGGCAAGUCUGGGGAUGAAGGGGACGACAAGGACUCGGUGACCAGUGAAGGAGGCAAAAGUGGUAAAAUGUCUGACAAGUUUUUGGACGACGAAAUGUCCAAAAAGUCGUGUCAAGGCUGUGAACUGCCCACUGCAGGUCUUUGUGGUUCCCACGAUGAAAUUCCGGAUAUUAGCUCCACCAGAGGCAACAACAACAACACCCCAAGUGCUACGAACAACAACACGAACUUCAACAACAACAGCAACGGAGCUAGCAGUGUUGGCAGCUCCAGCUCGUUUGACAAACUCAUGAACGAAGAAGACUCGAGGAGUAACGAGGACAGUGGGACCCACACGUCGCCGAGGAUAUCGAAGAAAAAUCCGUCUACUGCAAACAGUGCAGCGCCAGUAAAAGUGGAGAGUCGAAGGAACUCACCCAAUUCGUGUGAUCGAAAAAUAGGAAUGAGCAAAAUAUCUCCCAGCCUCAACCACAAGGACAAUCCCAUUGGAUUAGCACCAUCAGAAAGCUUGCCAGUAAAAAUGUCUCCCAAAAACUCAUCGAUGCCUGGUACUCCCAACCUCCAUCCUAGUCCUAUUGGUAUGCCUUCAAAUAUGAUGUACCCACAUCUACAGAGAUCAUCACCAACAACAGCAACGGCAAUAGCGUCGGCCACGGUGACUAUACAGAAUGUACCAAAUUCGGUACCACCUUUCGCUUCAAGAGGUUCCAACCCUCAUUUCCCCAAUCAGUACCACAUGAACAACCAAGUGGAUUAUCGCACAGAAAGAACAAAGCAACAACAUUACCAGAAUAUGGGCCAAAUGUACACGGGAGACAUGUACAACCCUGAGCACCCCACGGUCAACGAAGGACCCUACAACAUCAGAGCACAAAACCACGUCAACAACACCCACCCCACCACCAGGAUACCGGGAAGAAGCCGACAGAACUACCACCCGGGAUACCCAAACCAGCAGUACCACUACUACAACAAAAACCACGAGGGCUACGCCAUCGCCAACCAGAACAACUACCCCCAAAACUACCACGCCGACCACCCCAACUACAACCACUACGCCUACCCCGGCGGCAACAUGUACCCGAGCGAAAGCACCGAGAACAUGGGCCUGCCCAACUCAGUACCGGCGACCCACGAGAACGCCAACUACAAUUACAACUACGAGGGCAUGCACAUGCAGAAGGUGCCCGGCCAGAACGAGUACCAAAACAAGAUGGCGCACUACGAGGGCAACUACAGUGCCACCCAGGUACCACCGAACAGUGAUUCAAGCUACAUGUCGAACGAGAUGUUCGCCGGCGCCGCCGCCAACUCCACGGCCAUCAUGACGCCGCCGACGAGCGUCCAGACGGAGAACAGUGAUAACUACAAUAAUUUCCAUCAGUUCUACGGCGGAGAGGCGGCCCAGACCCAAGUACCGGCGGGGGAGAGCAGCAACAGUUCGUCGGACUUUAAUUUUUUGAGUAACUUAGCUAAUGAUUACACGCCGGAGUAUUAUCAGAUUUGAUCGAGUGCAAUGGACAGUUUUUUGACUGUUGAGGAUAUAUGUUAGGACGUUAAGUCAAUAUUGAGGUGUUAGUAUGUUUACAAAUUAGGUAAUUUUUUCAGAAAAAAGCUUUUACAAACACCUUCAGGAUUUGUAAACAUACCACGGCAUCGCACGUUUUGUUAAAUUAAUUUUAUUGUUACAUUUCGUUUAUAUGUUUUACGUGGAAAUUUAUAAAUACAUGUAAUGUACAAAAGUUGUUAUUUUCACAUAAUUUUCAAAGAUUAAAUCUUAUUAAGAUUAAAUAUCUUUGUUAUACGCUUUGUAGGAUUUCCGCUGAUAAUUACUAUAAUAGACAAUCCAAGCCCAACUGAUUAUUUUCUUUGGAGUUCACAAACAAUCAAGUUAACAAUCAAACCGAAACAUUUAAAACGUAAAUUAGAUAAAAAGAUAUGUUUGUAAUAUAUUGUACAAAGAAUUAAAAUAUUUUUUAUUGUAUUAAUUAUUAUUAUUAUUAUUAAUAAUAUCAUAAUUUUUUCGUUGUUGCACGAUGUCCCACAGACAUCUUAAAUUAUGAAUGUAAAUGUAUGUAUGUACAAUUAGUA